GUCAACCAAAAGAAUGAGCGCAACCUCAAACUAUGCUGAUCGCAACCUGAUUGCCGUGAUUGGGGACGAAGAUUCCAUCACGGGCUUGCUAUUGGCUGGAAUUGGACACGUAAACUCGAAUCAAAAGAAGAAUUUCCUGGUCGUUGAUAACAAGACUCAAACAUUUGCGAUUGAAGCUGCCUUCAACGAAUUCACAGAGCGGAAAGAUAUCGCUAUCCUUCUGAUCAAUCAACAUAUUGCUGAGCGAAUACGGCCAACCGUAGAGAAAUACCAGAAUGCGUUUCCAACUGUGCUCGAGAUACCGUCGAAGGAUCAUCCAUACGACCCAUCAAAGGAUUCAAUACUGAAGCGCGUGCAGAAGAUGUAUGGAGACUAGAAGUUGUAUGACUGGCGCUCAGGUAAACAAUUCGCCUGCCUAGCACACGAGAUCCGAGCUCCACAGAAUGGUACUCGGGCGGCCGGUAUCAUAGGGAUAGGCGACACAAUGUAUCAAUAUUCCGCGAGAUGGAUUUGGAAGGGUUGGAGUUGAAUAUCUGGGCCAAAACCCCGAGUCCUCUGCAGGCCAGUGCAAUUCUAUAAAUAC